ACUCCCUGAGCAAUGAAUGCGCAUGCCCGGCAAAAAACUCCAUUAUUUUUUUUUUUGCUCGGAAUCUGUAAGGAAAAAAACAGUGGGAAACUGUGAAUUUGAGAUUACAUGGGUCGUAAUGGUUGGCGGAAUACAUGUGAAUGCUAGACGGUUUAGCAGAGCAGAGACCAAAGCAACGGCUGGAUAACUGUGCACCGGGAGCGGGACAUCCAUGAGUCUUGUUGGGACACUCCAGAAUCAAGUAAAUUUCAGUCAGUUAGCUCUACUAGCCUAGCUGAUAGCGUUAGCCCCGAGAUCCCAGGCGCAGUAAAAAGAAGCGUUAUUGCCCUUUGUUUUUAAAUCGGACUGGCAGACGUUGCGUGAACGCUCAGAGCUGAUUGCUCGCGCUAAUCCGUGGUUUAAAUGGUGGAAUCAUUUCUUUUACGGUUAUUUAUUAAAGCAUCAAGCGUUUUCAAAACAUUCUCCGGCUAGUCCAUUAGCUUGCCAGCUAACUCUUGAUUCUCCCGCGAGCCAGGAAAGCGAAGACUCCAAAACUUCGCCAACACAGAGAGCUUGACGCAGAGAAAGGUUGAUAGGUCCUGCUAACAUUGACGUUAGCUAACGACCACCAAGAAGCUCACCAUCUUCAUCUCAGACCCUAGUCUGAUGUGAAGUGAACAAAUAAAUCUGUAGGAGUCAUCCUCUAAGUUGAGGAUCUGCCUCACAGCUGAGGAGAGUCCAAGUGUUUGGACAUCGACUCAGGUUUUACUGGCAGUCUGUGUGCUUCUCACCCACCAGCAUGUACAUUGGACAGUGGAUACCUUAGCCAAAACUGAUCCUGGCUUCCCAAAGAUGACAAGGUGCUGGCAGGUAGUAACUACAAAAUGAUGGGAGGCAGUGAGACUGUAAAUGGGGACAAGGAUGGGGUCCACAGCACUGCAAUACAUGUCCCCAUCGGCUGGCAGAGGAGAGUGGAGGGUGGGCAGGUGAUCUAUGUCAGUCCCAGUGGCACUGCUCUGUCCUGUCUGGAUGAGGUCAAGACCUAUCUGUUGAGUGAUGGCACCUGCAAAUGUGGUCUUGAGUGUCCACUCAUAAUCCAUAAGGUUUUCAACUUCACUGUGGGAGUGAAGGUGGAGCAGCACAGCCAGCCAGUAGGCAAAGCAGAGCAGGACAUGACCAAACUGUGUAACCACCGCAGGAAAGUGGUAGCCAUGGCUGCACUGUGUCGGAGUAUGCAGGCCUCACAGCUGCCCUUUUCCAACUUUCAUCAUCCAGAGAUGAGCAGUGGAGUAGACAGUCAUGAUCCAAAGCGAGUACUUGUGGAGCGGGAAGAAGAGGACCAUGGACUUUAUUAUCCCAAACUCCAUCCAGUCCCAGCUCGACCGCACCUCCACCCAAACCCCUGUGCCAGCCCCAAAUCCUCUCACCAAUUUAUUUACCCUUUCAAUGGUUCCCCCCCUGUCCUUCACACGGGAACAAACUCUCAUUAUCCCCUUGAUGCUUUGAGAAGACUUCACCAGCCUCCCCCUAUCCCUGCCUCCUCCUGCAGUCCCUCCAGCUCUGCAUUCCCAGUUUACAGUGCUGCCCAGAGGUCACCUCGCACCCCCACACCUCACAACGUCAGUCAAGGUCAUAGAACCCCUAAAACACCGGAUACUCCAGGGUCUCCUCGAUUAGGGCCCUUCUCUUCACCUCCUCCCUCUUCCCCUGUGACCGUUGGUCGAAAUGAAAGAGGAGCACAGACUCACGCUCAUCAUGCUCACAGUGUCAUUGUGGGAGGUUCCGCUCUUUCUCCGCCCCCCUCCCUCUCUCCCUCUGUCCAUAACGUGAACUGUGUGUCUCCACACCAGCGGUCCCGUCACCCUUCAGCCUCUCCCUCCCCUCUCUCUGACCAGGGAGGAGGCUCAACAGCAGCAGGAACAGGAGGAGGACUGAUGGGAAGUAACUUGUCUCAGAGACGGAAAUCCACCUCUUCCUCUCCACACUCCCCUCUCUCUGGUGGCUCCCCAAACCCCAGCCCCCACUUCGCCAAGUACAAGCUGGAAGACAUCUUGGAGCAGUUUAAGAACUCAGGCAACAGCAGUACAAAUAACCACCACAUUCUUAUCCCUACUAACACCUCCUUACUGACCAACCAAAGCAGUAGCAACCCUAAUGUUGUCUCCUCGAAGCCCUCAAAGAGUACCACAAGUCCAACUCCAAGCUCAGGACCACCAAGUUUUGAGAUGAACUCUGGAGGGCCUUCAAGUUUACCUCUGGGGCAAUUUUUGAACCAUCAGAGCAAACUACCACACCCAGCAUCUUUCCCUGCAAGUAGCCUACUUUCUGCUGCUGCCAAGGCUCAGCUGGCUAACCAGACAACCCAAGGCCAGAGCUCAAAUGUGGCCAGCAACUCUGUGAACUUGCCCUGUUCUCUGGAGGUCUUGAAAGAGGCACAGCAGCAGCCGUCAUCAAAGGUAACAAACAGCACUUUACACAACAGCCACCCUUCCUCCUCCAUCGCUUCUACUAGACAACCCCAUCCUUCCCUUGCAUCAACCUCCUCCGUCCUCAUUCCUUCAUCCCACUCUCUGGCCCAGUCCCUGGCUUCCUCUUUGCCCCACCUGCCUUCUGCAGCAGAGCUCAGUGCAUCGCACAGGAAAAGACAACGGCGAUCUCCAACAGUGCUUAGCGUGUUAAGAGACACCCAGCAGCUAGUUAAUGGACCGCGGAAGACACCACCAGGAGAUGCUGUGUCUGCUACGGCUAUCAACCUGUCCUCCUCUUCCUUCCCCUCCUCCUUGCACUCUUCCUCUACCUCAGCUGUGCAAAACCAGAAUGCUGUCAUGUUAGAAAACCAUCAUCUCCUACCUGGGCAGACACCAAGGCUUCCUGCUCCCCGACAGAUAGCACACCUUUCCAGGCCACCUCGACAAAAUGAGGCUCUGGAUUUCACGACACACCUGACACCCACACCCCUUGGUUUGGAUCCUCCAACCCAGCCUCUGUCUGCUCUUUUACACCUGCUCAGUGUGCAGAACGCACAGGCCACAGCUUCAGCAUCCAACUCUGCUUCAGUUCAGCAAGGAUCUGUAUCUAAUGAAGGAGGUGGACACACUAAUAAACAAAGCCCCGCGCUGUCACCCUCUUCUCCCACUCCUCAUGCUAAUGUCAGGCACAAACAGACUCCGUCACCGUACCGAACCAGUAACACUAAUCCCAUACCCUUGGUGCCACAGCCGCUUUCUCCUUCUUCUCAGUCCAGAUCAGUGCAGUCUCCACCACAUCCUCAGUCUUCUAAAUCUAGUCCGCUGCAGAGACAUUCGCCUACUUCUACAGUGCUGCCCAACUCAAAUUUAGCUUUACACAACAGCACCAGCCCAUCUCAGCACACAUCCUCAACUCCCUCAGACAAACAUCAGCCAACUGAGACUCACAUUCCUACAACAAACUCUGCAUCCCAGGCACCAUUGCAGGAAGCCUUAUCACAGGGCACAGUGGCAAGGGAUAUGGGUAGUAACAGCAUAUCUACAUCAGUGGACCCGAGUCAUUCUCAAGACAGUGUCUCUGUGGCGAUAUCCAGCUCCCCAAAGCCUCUUGAUCUUAGCAACCAUGUGCUGGCCCUUCUCGCAGCAUCUUCCACCUUGCCCCCGGGGGAGGGCUGCUCUUCCGACCGCACCACUGAUGUUGUGAUGUCUUCCCAAGGAAUUCCCACAGCAGGGCCAGAGGAGCCUAGAUGUGUGGACCAGAAAAUUUCCAUAGUGACCAAACUUCCAGCAGCCACCAGCCCCGGUCCCGCUGUCUCCUCUCGUCUUGGGGAUCACAGUCCCCAUACACCUUCAGCUGUAGGCGACUCUACCACUGCCUUACCUCUGGCCGAGGCCUUCCCCUUCAUGAACCAAGAGCAGCUGCUUCAGCUGCUGUCAUCAACAGGAGGUCUACCAUCUCUCCUGGACCCUACAGUCCUGGCUUCAUUGCCCCUAGGGGGGCUGUGGUUGGGAGGGCAACAUGCACCGAUACACCCUGCCAAUGCUACACCACAGAAUCUUGCAGAAUCACAGCAAUCAGAGCAGCAACAGCAGUUACUGAUACAACAAGAGACCCAGCAGCAAAACCAGGAUCAACAACAGAAGCAACAACAAAUAAACAACAAUCCUCUGUUUCCCCUGUUGCCAUUGUUGAGUGGUGCUCAAGGAGAGCUGCCCCUGAACCUUUUGGGCCUGUUGCCUUCCCCAGCCUCAACCCCUACCCCAGGACAGGAAGCUGAUUUAGGGCUGGCGGAAAAACCAAGCCUUCAGGCUCUGCUUAUGGCAUCCUUGUUGCUUGGGCAACAGCAAGCACCGUUGUUACCUCUGUCUGGGCUGGGUCAGUUGAGUCAGGUCAGCUUGGAGGUUCCUCUCCAGCAGCCACAACAGAUCCCCACCACACUGGAGGGCCUCACCCUGGAUAAGACCUCUGGUCUCCUGGAUCCAUCAACCCUGCCGGGCCCAGGGCUCUUGGAGGUCACCCAGGGCCUUCUUUCCAUUCCUCCAGGAGCUGAGGGCUCCAUCCAAGCCCUGCAGUCUCUGCUCCUUCCUGCUGCUCUUCCUCCUCCACCCGCAGCCUUCCUAUCCCUCAGCCCUGCCUUACUCACUGCUGCCCUGAGUUCUGCCGAGCUCCACCCACCUCCUCAAACCCAUUUAGCUCCUGCACAACAAACCCAACAUACCCAACCUCAGGUAUCUACUGAUGCUGGGGUUGACACCCUUAUCCCCCUAACUCUCCAAGGCAAGGACAACCCCAUCCUCCAACAGCUACUGCCCACUUUGCUUAACCCUGCUGUAUUAGGAGAUCUUUCUGCUGUCGCAGGCCUCCAUAACAUGUUGGGAAUUGGAGCAGGUUCCAUCCUCCUACCCCCAGUCCAGACCUCUGCUUUGGGCAUGCCAUUACUGCAGGGUCCUGACGGAGCCAUUAAUUUGCUCAACAACAUACAGUUAAACCUAGCACCACCCUCAGAAGGAGAGAAGCCAGUCUCGUUGCAGGAAACGCAAAGCCCUGCCCCGCAGGAAGACAUUCCAGACAGUCAGAUCACUCCCGAGGUGGUUCCUGCUCCUAGUCCUGCCCCUGCUCCAGCUCCAGCCCCAGCCCCAGCCCCAGCUCCUGCUCCAGCCCCAGCCCCAACCCCAGCCCCUGCCCAAGAGCCCCCACAGCGAGUUUCUGAGGGCAGGUCUGUUAUUGAUCCUUACACCUCUUUCAUGGACACGAUUUAUACCUCCUUCCUUCAAGUUAGUGCUAAAGAGCAAGAAGACAGGGCCCACUUGGGGCCAUCUGACCCCACAUCACCCUUCUGUGCCUUACCGCCGGUUUCUUUCCCUGUGGAGCACCAAACCCCGUCCACCUCUUUCCCAACUCUGCCUCAGGCAAGUGCCCCAGUGUCCCUCAGCCCACGUCGGGCCUGUUCUCUGCGCAAUCCAGACUUAUCGCGACUCAGUCUAGAAGCAGCAGCCCAUUCCCCAGCCCAGGGGACUCCCAAACCCACUGAAGACGGAUCUACACCACCCUUACAAAGGAAACCGGUCAUUGUAGAGGGACAUACUCACCCAGAGCCUCCUCUACCACCUAUAUACUUGGAGGAGGCUAAGACAGACUGCACUGGGCCUGCUGUGGCUAUGUGCCCCUAUGUAGAGGCAGGGGUGGACAGGCAGGUUCAUCUUCCCCAUGGGGGAUACCUCAGUCCCAGGGAUGGAUGCAGUGGGAGACCUAAUGAAGAGACAGCUGGGACAUUGCUGCAUGCUGAACAGGGAAGGGAUCAAGCAGGAACAGCAGGUGGAGCCAGAAGAGGAAGGAAAAGGAAACAAACGCUACAGAAUGUGUUAGAAGACUUUAGAGAUGUGGAUGCUACAGCACUAGAAGAAACCAAGGAUACAACAGCUCUGCUGAAGCCUGAGAGGUCAGUCCGCGGCAGGAGGCGACGAGGCGCCAGGUCUCAGAGGCAGUGAUUGGUGGAGGGAGCUGUAAGUCAGAGCUGUUCACCAAUCAAAGGCGGCCAGAUGCCUCUCUUUCCCCCUCCACCUCUCCACCAUCAUUACCACUGUUUAGACCUUUCUUUUUUUAAAUUCAACUGCACUAAUAUUAUAUCGUUGUCAUGUCAACAAUCGUUAUGGCAACCACUAUGAAAAAACACAAGUAGGAGAGAGAUCUAGUCUGAAAAAUUAAUUUAUAAAAAGUGAAAAAAAAUUGAAGAGAAAUUCUGUGGAUGCUUUUUCACUUAGGUCUUCUCUUAGGUCUAGUUCACAAAAUAAUGGUUGCUUGACAUUGUGAUACGAGAUCUGUUAAUUAUGGUUGGUGUUAGAAUUAUAUCAAUGAGAAAACAAAAAAAACAAACAUGAGUACUGUUUUCUUCUCUUCAGUGUGUAACUGUGAGUCAGGAUAAAGCCCAUCUACUUGAACGAUGCUCUCUGUUGAAAGUUUGUCUGUACGUAUGUGGAUAUGUGUGUGUCUUUUUACGUGUCUGAGCGUGUGUUGGACAACAGUGCUAUUGCUGAGCCCCUUACUGUCCGGCCGUUAAUUGAAUUUAUUUUCAUUUUUGGAAACGAGGCCCCACUUGUAAGAUAAAGGGCUCAUUGCAGAGACACACAUGGGUUGUAUUUCACCAAAAUGUUCUGAAAGGUUUUCAGAGGUGCUGGAAGGAAAUAUAGGAAGGAACAGGCUUGACACCCACCCCCCAUUCAAAGCAUAAAAUAAUCUAUAUAUGGGACAAGCCAAAUAAUGUGCUUUACCUUAUCAGGUUUCUCAUAACUUUUUAUCAUGACACCACAUGUCCUGUGAGAUGUUCUUAAUGGUUUGUACAUCACUAAUAAUUUUAUGAACUGAGAAAAUAUUUUUUGUACAACUUUGUGAAUCAUGUCAUAAUAUGUCAGGCAGAUGAGGAAAAUUAAAUCUGACAACAUCCAGCUUUUGUUUUUUGCAAGGUCCACAACACAUCUCAACACAUUGCAGAUGCUGUGUCAUUUGUAGCUGUUAAUUACGUGUAGCUGUGGUGUGAUGGAGACCUGUUCACCAAACACCCACCCAGGCUUUCAAACCCCUCAGCCAUGAGAUAAGUCUCUGGAAAAAGUAGGGAAUUAUGAAAUUGUUUAUUUGCAGGAAUUCUGAGUUUAUACAAAGUACAGUACAGUAUGUCCUCUUAUUGGUUGAAAGAAUGGCUGCCAUACUUAAAUGCAGAGAGUGACUUAUGUCUUAAUUGGAUCUGUUGAGUCUGUGUGUUACUGUGGAUUUGGAGUAAUUUCCUCCCUCUUCUGUCUCCUCAUAUCACUGUUUGAGCUCUCCACACACUGCCCUGCCCCAAGAGUACUGGCAUCUCUAGCUGUAUUUAAAAAAAAAUAAAAUAAAAUAAAGUGAAAAAGAAAGCAGAUUAUGCAAUUUCUACACUUGGAGAUUUGUACAUAUGUACAGUUAAUGUGUUUUAUUUUGAUUUUAUAUUGUUAGAGAAAGAGACAAGAGAGAAAACAAUGAAUUGUGAAUUUUUCUGGGAAUUGUAAUUAAGUAUUUUUCUCAUUCUACCCCUUGCUUUCAAUACUUAUGUUUAAAAAAGACAAUUAAAUUGUGGACUGUAGCUUUCUUUUUUAUAUGGGAGUCUUUUUUAUUUAAUAUUAAACUUUACAGAAAAUG